ACUGCAGUCAUCUGGCUCGGUAGUUCUUGACCUCUGUAUCGUCCAGUGACCCUCUGAAGCUGACGAUGUCUGUCAAAGAGAAGCAGCAGAAAGUGUGCAGCUUGUUCACUCACCUGACCUCCAUCAGGAAGACGGUUGUACCCGUGGCAGAGAGGGAUCCUCGACUUCAUGGCAUUGGCAAACUACCACAGGGAGAACUCUUCUCUUGCUUUCACGAGAAAGUUCUCGCAGAAGCCACUAAGCUCUACGAAACCCUUUAUGCCGCCAAAGACUUCGAUGAUUUUAUGAAUUUGGCCAAACAAGCUAGAAGCUUUGUAAAUGAGGGUCUCUUCGUAUAUGCUGCAUCUGUGGCUAUCCUCCAUCGAGAUGACUGCAGAGGUGUCACUGUACCUCCAAUUCAAGAAAUUUUCCCAGAUAGGUUUAUCCCAUCUGAAACCAUCAGCUUGGCUCUCAAAGAAGUCACCAACCAUCCUGACAAGGAUAUUGUGGUCGAAAUUGAGUCAACUGGAAAUAUCUUGGAUCCUGAGUACAAAAUGAGCUACUUCAGAGAAGAUGUAGGCACCAAUGCUCACCACUGGCAUUGGCACAUCGUCUACCCAGCUACCUGGAGGCCAGAGGUCAUGGGAAAAGUUAAGGACAGGAAAGGAGAACUUUUCUAUUAUAUGCACCAGCAGAUGUGUGCCAGAUACGACUGCGAGCGUCUGUCCAACGGCAUGAGGAGAAUGAUACCCUUCCAUAACUUCGAAGAAGAAUUGGAAGGAUAUUCCGCUCAUUUGACAUCUCUGGUCAGUGGUUUACAAUACGCUUCCCGACCAGAAGGAUUCAGACUUACCGACUUGAAAGAUGUCGAUGUUCAGGACAUGAUCCGUUGGAGAGAAAGAAUCCUUGAAGCCAUAGACUUAGGAUACGUAGAAGAUGAAAAUCACCAACAAGUUAAACUCACAGAAGACAAUGGUAUUGAUAUUUUGGGAACUCUUAUUGAAGCCAGCUAUGAAUCCAAAAAUAAAUUGUUCUAUGGAAGUCUUCAUAAUUGGGGACACGUCAUGAUGGCUAAAAUCACCGAUCCUGACGGUCGAUUCAAUGAAAAUCCAGGAGUCAUGAGCGACACUUCAACUUCCCUCCGAGAUCCUAUCUUCUACCGAUAUCAUAGAUUUAUCGAUAAUAUCUUCCAGGAGUAUAAAAAGACUCUGAAGCCUUAUGACAAGGCUCAGUUGGACUUCCCUGGAGUGCAAGUCGUAAAUGUAACAGUUAAUGCCAAAGUUCCAAACCUCGUGACCACAUUCAUAAAAACUGAUGAGUUGGAAUUGACUCAUGGCAUCGAUUUUGGUACUACACACUCUGUAAAGGUUAAAUACCAUCACUUGGAUCAUGAACCUUUCACAUACAACAUUAGCGUAGACAACCAAACUGGUGGACCUAAGCAAGCAACAGUUCGAAUUUUCCUGGGACCUAAAUACGACGAGUUGGGCAAUCGAUUGGACCCAGAACACCAGAGAACUUUGUGCAUUGAAUUGGACAAGUUCCAAGUUGAAUUAAUACCAGGAAAGAACACCAUCACCCGAGACCACAAAAUCUCCAGCGUCACUGUUAGUGAAACUCAUACCUUCAAGCAAUUGUUGGCUGGCGAGGGAGUGAGUGAAGCUACAACAGAAUUCUGCAGCUGCGGAUGGCCCGAACACAUGCUUAUACCCAGAGGUAGCUACAAGGGAAUGGAAUUCGACCUUUUUGUCAUGCUCACCGAUUAUGAACAGGAUGCUGUUGGUGGUGAAGCCACUGGAGUGUGCGUCGAUGCCAUCAGUUACUGUGGAGCCAAGGAUCAGAAAUACCCAGACAAGAAGCCCAUGGGCUUCCCCUUCGAUCGAGUCAUCACUGCUGACACUGUUGCUGAAUUCUUGACACCAAACAUGAGCUGCACUGACGUCAAGAUCAAACACGUCAAUGAAAACAUUUCCUCGAACAGAUACUCAUCCAAAGAGUAUAAAAUCUCAUCCCCUGACUUGAACACAGCAGUAGCCGCUGAAGUUACAUCUGGAAGGGAUCCAGUUUCGAAGCUCCAAGCCACUAUGCCUGCUCAAGACAAGCAACGCCGUAUUCUCCCUCUGUUCGAGCACCUUGCGUCUCUGACCAAGGCUAUCUUGCCACCAGAGGAAAGAGACCCAAGACUCAAGAGGUUAGGUAGAUUGCCCCGAGGAGUUCUCUUCUCAUGUUUCCAUAACGAACAUCUCAUUGAAGCCCAAGAGCUUUUCGAGACUCUUCAUGCGGCUAAGGACUUCGAGGAUUUUAUGCACCUCGCUGAGCAGGCUAGAGAUAUUGUGAACGAAGGUAUGUUCGUCUACUCUACCUCUGUAGCAUUGUUGCAUCGCGAUGAUUGCCGAGGAGUGACAGUACCUCCGAUUCAGGAGAUCUUCCCCGAUCGUUUCAUUCCUUCUGAAACCAUCAAUCAGGCUAUCAAAGCUGAUCUCAAGAGGUCUGAUGAAGCACCUCUCAUCGUUGAUGUUAUCCAAACCGGCAAUAUUUUGGAUCCCGAGUACAAGCUAGCUUACUUCCGAGAAGAUAUUGGGGCUAAUGCUCACCAUUGGCAUUGGCAUAUCAUUUACCCAGCCACCUGGAGGCCAGAGGUCAUGGGUAAAGUGAAAGAUAGGAAAGGAGAACUUUUCUAUUAUAUGCAUCAGCAAAUGUGCGCCAGGUAUGAUUGCGAUCGUCUCUCCACUGGUCUUCAACGAAUGAUUCCCUUCCAUAACUUCAACGAAAAACUUGAGGGCUACUCUCCCCAUCUAACAUCUCUGGUCAGUGGUCACCACUACGCCAAUCGACCAUCUGGAUUAAGCCUCCACGACUUGAACGAGUUGGUAGAUGUACAAGACAUGGCACGAUGGAGAGAACGACUUUUGCAAGCUAUUCAUCUGGGGGUUGUCAUUGAUGAUCACGGAAAUGAAGUCGUCUUAACUCCAGAACAUGGUAUCGACAUGUUGGGAGCUAUGCUGGAAUCCAGCUACGAAUCCAAGAACCGAGAAUACUAUGGAAAUCUUCAUAAUUCUGGACACGUCAUGAUGGCUCGCAUCCAUGACCCUGAUGGCAGAUACAAGGAAAAUCCCGGUGUCAUGAGCGACACUUCAACUUCUCUGCGUGACCCUAUCUUCUACAGAUACCACAGAUUUAUUGACAACAUCUUCCAAGAAUACAAGGCAACACUUCCAAUUUACGACAAAAAAGAUCUUGAUUUUCCUGGAAUCAGCAUUGUGAAUGUUACUGUGAAGGCUAAAUUGCCUAAUAUUGUGAACACUUACAUGAAGGAAGAUCAAUUGGAACUUUCUCAUGGAGUUUCCUUAAAGGGUCAAGUGAAGGUUAAAUACCAUCAUUUGGAUCACGAGCCUUUCACUUACAAUAUCAGCUGCGAAAACACCGCUGGUGGUCCAAAACAUGCUACAGUUCGAAUCUUCUUGGGACCAGUGCAUGAUGAACUUGGCAACAAAUUCUCAUUAAAUGAAGCUAGAAAAUAUUUCAUUGAACUCGACAAAUUCCAUGCUGAAUUGGCCCCAGGAAAGAAUACAAUCACAAGAAAAUCCAGCGAAUCAGCUGUGACUGUCGCCCCUACACCAAAAUUUAGUCAACUUCUUGCUGGUGAAGGAAUCAGCGAAAACAACACUGAAUUCUGCAGCUGCGGCUGGCCAGAGCACUUGCUUAUCCCAAGAGGCAAUCAUAAAGGCAUGGACUUCUAUUUGUUCGUUAUGCUCACCGAUUACGAACAGGACCAUGUUAACGGACUGACUGACAAGCCUCUCUGCGCUGACGCUGUAAGCUACUGUGGUGCCAAGGAUCAGAAAUAUCCCGACAAGAAGGCUAUGGGCUUCCCCUUUGAUCGAGUCAUCAAAGCACGCACAAUCCCUGAAUUCAGCUCACCCAACAUGACCUUCCAAGAAGUAAAGAUCCAAUUCAAGGAAUAAAUUAACUAUCAAAACUGAUACAUGACUGUGAAGUGCAGGAUAUAUGGCAUUCAAGAGGAUUCUUGUGAAUAAAUAAAAUUUGCUGUCAAAAUUAACAGAUUAUUGCAAUGAGUAUGUUUCAGAUAAAAAAUUUAAUCGCAUGUCAUAUAAUAAAAGUAAAGUGAUUUCCGUCCAGA